UUUUCAGCAUAUGCAUUCCAUUAUUACAGAUGAAGCUGUUUGUACUUCUGUUGAUAUUCACCUGCGUUGCCUGGCAACAGUCUGACGCUGUCUUGCCUAAACGCAGAGGGCGAUGGUGGUCUAAAUACCGCAUUAUUGCAUCUAUGCUUCGACUUCCCAUUGUGCGUUUAGGUAGAGAUAUUGGGAAACAAGUCGACACAGAUGACGAUGGAUAUCUGGACGAGACUGAGUUAGAGAAAUACUUCGGCCAGCGAGACGUUCUCGACUUCGUGGCGGCUUUAGAUGAGGACGGUGAUGACCUACUCUCUAUUGAUGAAUUCAAUAAUAAGCAGUAAUCAAUUAAUCCGUUUUUAUUGAGCAGCUAUCAGUCUUUCAAUAUUCCUGAACAAUCAAAGAUGAGACUCUUGGCUCCCGCUGUCAUGCAUCAUUUUGUCAUAGUAUGGUAGUAAUGCAAAUAUGAAUAAAUGUUGUUAUCCAGA